AUGGUCGUACCUCAACUAAAAUUCUUUCGAGCUCUUUGGGGUGCUGAAGCUCAAUUUUCAACUGAUAUCAAUGUUCUUUUUGCUGAAAUACAUCGUCUAGGUUAUACAGGUGUUGAAGCUACACUUAGUGAUAUUCAUCGUAUUUCAAAAAAUGAUCCAGAUACUUUCAGUCGAGCAUUACAAAAUAAUCAAUUAGAAUUUAUUGGUCUUGCUCAAACAAAUUAUCCAAGCAUUAAAGAUGGUACAUGGCAUGAUUUAUCAAUCGAUGAACACGUAGCUAAUCUAGAGAUUCAUCUUAAAGAAUUUAUGGAAUAUAAACCAAUACAUAUCAAUAUACAAGGUGGGCAAGAUUCAUGGUCAAUUGAAGAAAAUGAACAAUUUUUUGAAAAAGCAUUGGAAGUACAAGCAAAGUACCUGCAAGUAACAUCGUCACAUGAAACACAUCGAACUCGUGUACUUUACAAUCCAUUUACUACUGCUCAUUUUGUCAAACGUUUUCCAACUCUUCGUUUAACAGCCGAUUAUUCACAUUUUAUUCUUGUCUGUGAACGUUUAUUACAACAUUCUACAGAUGAUGAACGCUUUCGUUUAUUUGCUUCACGAGUUGAUCAUCUUCAUGCGCGUGUCGGCACUGCUCAACAUGCACAAAUCAAUGAUCAUUUGGAAGCAAAAGAAGAAUGUGAACAAAUGCAAAAAUGGUGGGAAAUGAUAUGGGAUGCACAAAAGAAUAGAACAUGGAUAACAGUUACUCCUGAGUAUGGACCAGCUCCUUAUGCUAUGACAAAUGAAAUUAAUGUAUGGGACUUGACCAAUCGAGAGAUGGAACGACAAAAGGAAAACUAUCAAAAAUGGUCAAACAAUAUUCAUUAA